AUGGCUACCACCCAUCCCAAAUUGGCAGGCUUACCCAUCCCGUCGUCAGAUGCCAAGGUGUUCAUACUGCUGCUUUCCAUACGACUGGUCAAUUCGCUGUCAAUUAAAACCUUUUUCCAGGCCGACGAAUAUUGGCAAGCUCUCGAGCCUGCCCAUUAUUUUGUGUUUGGAUACGGAUAUCUGACCUGGGAAUGGCAACAGGGAAUCCGCUCAUUCUUGCAUCCGUUGCUGUACGUCCCGAUUUACAAAACUUGCCGUCAAUUUGACCUUGACUACAGUUACGUUCUCUAUUUACCCAAAGUGCUAAAUGCAUUGAUCUGUGCUACUGGGGAAACUUUUCAAUACAAAUUGGCUAUCAAGUUGACCAGAGAUCAUCAAAUCGCUUCAUUAAUGUUCUACUUGAGCUUGUUGUCUCCAUUUAAUUGGUACUGCUACUGUCGUUCUUUUUCCAACUCCUUGGAACUUACUCUUACCAACAUUGCGCUCUACUUGUUUCCAUCGCACUUUAACGCAAACUAUCCACUAUCGAUCUUCGUUGCUGGGCUUUGCUGUCUCAUACGGCCAACAAGUGCACUGACAUGGGCUUUCUAUGGAGUCAGAUGUCUGAUAUCUGGAGAUAGAGUAAUAAUACUCUUUAUCACCAUCAUUACCGCUUUGGGUGUAAUUUUGAUCGACAUCAGUGUCAAUUACAGCUUCUACGGAAAGCUCAUCUUCCCUACCUUGGAAUUUCUCCAGUUCAACGUCUCAAAAAGCCUUUCUUCUUUCUACGGGGUCUCCAGACUGGAUUUCUACAUUUUCCAGGCAAUACCUGUCUUGCUACUAACCUACAUUCCAUUCUUUAUUAUUGGCCUGGUGGUGAAAAAGCACAAACAACUCAAGCUUCUGUUGAUAUUGAACCUCGCUGCAUUCUCCCUUAUACAACACAAAGAGUUUCGGUUCAUUUACCCAUUAAUGCCGAUUCUUCUUCUAUUCGCUGCAUAUGGUGUCCAAUAUAUUGCAAGCAUACUAUCCCCACGCACGCGAAACUUGGUAUUCUCCACGCUGAUCAUUACAAACAUAUCAAUAUCAUACUACUUCACACAAAUCCACGAAAGCGGAGUCAUCUCGGUGACCAAAUACCUGAGAGAUGAAAUAACAGACCAACGCUCGUCAGUUGGCUUUUUGACCCCAUGCCAUUCCACACCGUUCCAAAGUCAUUUCCACAUUCCACCUGAACAGGUAGAUAUUUGGUUUCUAACAUGCGAGCCUCCAUUGCAUCUGAACUCGUCGGAAGGACUUGACAAUUAUAUGGACGAGUCUGAUGAAUUUUACGACAACACUCUCGGCUUUUUGGAGACGAACUUCCCUGCUUUAACCCCAACUUCUCGCGAGGGCCAAGUCAGCGGGAAGUACCCCCAUCACUGGCCUGAAUAUCUCGUCUUUUUCGAGCAUCUAGAACCUCUUAUGAAACAGUAUCUUGAAAACUCGAAAUACUCGGAAUCUCACAGACUAUUCAAUAGCAGAUUUCAUUGGGACCAUAGACGAACAGGCGACCUUAUUAUAUACAAGUACGAUUAG